AUGCUACAAAAACUCCUGUGGUUAACCGGACACCUCAUUUCGGGGGCGGCGGAGCAGGGAUCACGGCCCGGAGGGGGGCAGGGCGCGGGCCAAUUUAGGGAGGCGGAAAUGACAAUCGCCGGUGGGGGUGGAGCAGGAGUGGAGCACCGGUUGCAGGGGAAGGGUUGGCGGCGCUGCUUGUUGGAAUUGGGUUGGGGCGGGGGUAACCGGCGGCGGUGCAACGCCUUUUGCGGGCGGUGGGUUCCUGUUCCCGUUGGGGGGUGGAGCGGCAACCGUGCCAACGGGGGGGGCGGGUUGACGGAAGCUUUCGGGGGCGGUUGCGCAAGCGGGGGGGAGGAAGUGGGCUUGGGUGGGGGGGAUCCCUUCAGGGGGAGAGUUCUGGUCGGGGUUGUGACUAGUGGAGGAGCGGACGGCUUGUUUGGAGGAGCGGGGCUAGAAAGAAUCGCCGGGGGGGGUGGGUUGGAGGCCUUUGCCGGAGGCGGAACGCCUGUAAGGAAUCAAGACCCUGAGCAAGAAGCCCACAUGGACACGACUUUGCUGUUCAGUCUGGAGUAA